AUUUUUUAUGUUGGUGGUUGAAAAUCAUGAGUCGGUAUCCACGAGAUUAUGGCGGCAUCUUUAGCGGUACAUGUGAUUUGUCAUUACAGGAACCUAAAACGUAAAAAUUCAAAUGAAACACUGGAUUAAACAAGAAGCGAAUUAAAUUUUCGUUCAUUGCCCAAAUUCUAAUUCCAAUUUCUAGCUGCUUUCUGCUUCUAAGUUCACGGCUAAGUUCAUCAGUUUGCUUCUGUCAAUUUCAAUUUUUUUCGAUUGCCUUAUUUGGAAUCCACCUGGGAAGUAAAUUCUUAUAAAUUCAUAAAAAUGAGUGAAGAUAUCCAAAGAAAACUGCAGUCUGAAUUGGAUAGCUUUAAAAACAAUCAAAAAGAACUUCAAAAGGCAAUAUCAACGAGGCAACAAUUAGAUGGUCAAUUAAAUGAAAACGAAAUAGUUAAACAAGAACUGGACCUUCUACCUGAAAAUGGGAAAGUUUACAAAUCAGUAGGGCCAGUAUUAAUCAAAACAGAAUUGGUGGAGGCGAAACAAAAUGUGUCAAAAAGAAUGGAUUACAUAGCUAAAGAAAUUAAACGUGUGGAUGAACAGAUUAUUACAUUAGAAAAGAGACAGGACUCACACAGGGAAGCUUUAACCAAGUUACAACAACAGUUUGAACAAGCUCAAGUUAAGGCUGCAUUGCAUGCCUAGUUCACAUUUAUUUAAUGUGGGUAAAACUUAUUUUUGUUCACUGACACACAUGUUGCUACAAAUAGGUUUAAAUUUAGUUUGUCUGCAAUGAAACAUACACUGUAACAUUAAGAAUUUUUUGAUUUUAUUUAUUAAUAUCUAAAAACCACUCAAAUAAUAAAUAAUGUUUUCUUA